AUGUGCUCUACAGAAAAUAUGCAAGGGAAAAAAUCAAACCGAUCCUCAAAUUUUACCAUAUACGAAAAGAUUGAUCUGUUAAAACUUGUACAGCCUCACAUCAAAGUUUUGGAGGUUCAUAAAAAUAAUCAAGCCAUAAUUGUUGAAAAAAAUCGUUGCUGGGAAACUAUAGCACAACAAUACAAUGCUGUUGGAGUGGAUCGCCCUCCUCGUAGUGCACAGGCUUUGCGAACACUCUAUAAACGCAUUAAAGAAAGUGCUAAACAAGAGAUAGCUAGGAGAGAACAGCUGCAUCCAGAUUAUAAAGGAAACGUCUCCGAACCAACCAGAAGAAUUCUAGAAAUGAAUCCUCAUAUUUUCCAACCGCUUCUGAAGGUGGUAGACCCCGAUCACUUACAAAGGCCUUGUGCAAGUUCUGCUUCUGAACAAGAUUCCUGUGUGGAACAACCUAUGAGCUUGUAUCCACAACCUGGAACCUCAAGCUGCCUAGCUCAACCCUGUCCUGAGUGGGUAACACCAGAGUCAGAACCUGAGCAUGAAGAGAAACCACCUCCAUUAUUAACUGUACUUUCGCAGCCAAAUGUAAACUUGGAGCACCAGAAGAAAACCGAGAAUCAGCAGACCACAAAUGGCUCUGCCUCACCAUUUUCAUCUUGUGGAGCACGAUUAUCAUUAACACCAUCUCCCAGACUUGCGAGACGGGAAGAUGAUGUGUUCAGUAUCCACCAGCGCCACAGAGGUGCCCUAUGCCAUUUGUCCAGUCAUGAUAAUGAGCAAGUACAAUUAAUGUCAGCAGAGGAACAUGAGAUAAUUAUGGAGAAUCAAAGAAAGCUUGGACAGUAUCUUGAUGAGAAAAGAGAGAGUCUUAAAAGAAGGCAAGUGCUGGAGGAAGAACUAUUAAAGGCAAAAAUCAGGGUGGAAGAAUUAAAGGCAGCAAGACUGCAACAAGGCUUGCCAGCUCUCUAAGAAGCUUACUGUUUGUAAAUUAAUAUCUCUAUUAAAAUAGAGUAGAAGCAUUUCACUGCUGUGGUGUGAAUUAUAAUUCCUGCCACAGCGUGCCAGUAAUUACAAUAUAGAAGAAACAUUGUACAAUGUUUUCUAGGUUUUUGGCUAAAUUUAAUAAUUGCUCAACAAUGGUUACUACUGGCAAUGAAAAUACAUUGAACUGACAAAUGAGAUGAACAAUUUUUAUGUUCCAAUCAAAUCUCAAACCUUUGCACCCUUAUCAAAAUGAGGGGUUGUUUAGAAAAUGAUCAGAGCUCCACUUGGCUGAUUUGAUUAACAUAGCUCAAUUCACAUUGCAAACAAUAUGGUGCAUUACGGGAUCGUACUUGACCAGAGUAACUGUAAUAACUCAUGGGAACUUGAGAAUGCAGUGCUUUGGAAUCCAUUUUCUCAAUUUUUUUAUUUAGAAUUUCUUUAUUUGAACAGCUGAGUGAGAAUAGCUUCAAGUUGUUCCUGGUACUUGCACAAAUCAAAAGUU